GUACAUGUGGUUUUUUGCUCUAUUGUGUAUUAUUCUUAAAUUAAAACGAAUGAAAUAGAGUGAAACAUUAUGUUAACGUGCUGCUAAAUAAAUUAUGUGUACUAAAUUCGUUGAUAUAUUAGUUCAUAAUGUUGCACACGUAUAAUUGACAAGUAAUGACGCCUCACUUAACCUUUUUUAGUUUUCUUGAAUCUGUGCCAAGCUGCAAAAUAUAUCUCAUUAAAUUACAAUGGAAACUAAAGUAGAAAGUUCAACAGUUGCAAAGAAGUCUCUGCAAAAGAGGCCCAUGAAGAGGCAUGGUCGUCUUUAUGCAAAAGCUGUAUUCACAGGGUACAAGAGAGGACUUCGUAAUCAACAUGAAAAUACAGCUCUCUUGAAAUUGGAAGGAGCACGAUCAAAGGAAGACAGUGAUUUCUACGUUGGCAAGAAAUGCGUUUAUGUCUACAAAGCCAAAAACAGGACUUCAGUUCCUAACAAAGCUGGAACAAAAACCAAAGUCAGGGCUAUCUGGGGAAAGGUUACUCGACCCCAUGGUACCAGUGGUGCUGUCAGAGCCAAAUUCAACACAAAUCUGCCAGCAAAAGCAAUGGGACAUCGUAUUAGAAUUAUGCUGUACCCAAGCAGAGUCUAAUAAUAAUAAAAAAUUUUAAUAGUAUGAAAAAUAUUUGUUCUCAUUUUU